AUUUCGUGCCUUAGAUAUAAGCGUGUCGCGGGUAGGUCCAGCCACAUGGCAACUCUUCUUCCUUUGGCCCACACCCCGCACAUUUGGCAUUUGUCACUUGGUUGACAGCCACUUUAUGAUGUUCGUAGCUGCAGUCGGGAUGUUUGCUCUUGUUGUCGGCCAAGCGGAAAAAACACUGAGAUGAGAUGCAGAGUGUGUGCGUGCAUUCCGGUGAGACUUCGGGGCACUCGAUGAUACAGAUUGGACACUCUGGGAGUGGCGUGGUAAGGUCCACUUCGUUGCUUGCCUCUUCAGAAUGCGGUUGGUUGAAAUUUCUCCAUCCGUUCCCGUGUCGCCUGCGGCUCCGUGAGGGGAAUGGAGGGUUCCCUAGCAGACACCGAGACCUCGUGACCGCUGGUAUCGAGAGAGACCAGCAGCUUGACUUCCCCAAGAACCGACGCUACCCCCUAUUCGACAGAUCUUUGUUUCUGCCGGCCACCACCAGAUUUACUGGCGAUGGAGGGCGGAACUUCAAGGAAGGGGCGAUCAAGGGACUGCUGGAGUUGCACGAUUCCCUGCUCAAUUUGCAGGAUUCCCUGCCUGGUUCUCUGCUGGGCGUGCUGGAUUCCCUGCCUGACCUCACGGGUUUCUUGCCGAGCACAGCCACCUGGAUCACCGAAAACACCGGCGGCCCUCACUACACCGACCGCCCCGACAACGCCUCGGCCCCGUCCAGCAAGCACGUCACCGAGACAACCCUCGCUGACAAGGUCGAGGAGCACACCGCCGGUUCCGCAAAGCACCCCGCAAAGGAGGGAACCCACCACAAGGCCAACAAGGACGAGAAGAUCGAGCUCGACGACCAAAUAGAGGCCCUCAAGCACGAUGCCGCCAAGCUUCAGUCCGAGGGAAAGAACGACCAGGCUGCUGAGAUUGACCGUGAGAUCUCUAAGCUUGUCAGGGAGGGUCAGCAAUAAGGACCCCCGCCCGCCUGCCUCUCUGUAGAUCGUCGUGACGUGAGGGAACGGAGAAGGUUCUUCCCUGGAGAAGAACGCAUCUUUAUAUAUAUAUUUGUACACACUCCUACAUUUUGGAACAAAUACCACACCACGAGCUGAGGCUCCAGUCUCGAAGCAAACUGCGUUAGCGCAUCAACCUUGUGAGUCUUUUUUACUGUAUAUUCCAAAAAAAAAAACUGGAUCGUGGUGGG